CUAGGCAACGUGAACCUGCAAACAGAACGCUAUUCUGUGAGCGAAGUCAAUGUUUUGGUAGAUAUCUUGUGAAGGUUGUUAUUGCUACAACGCCAGUAACGUGCGUGUUACACAUUUUAGAUUUUAAUUGGUGAAGAGUCAUAAAUCAUGAAUUCUGUAAAUACACAUCAUGGAAUACCAAACGGUCGGCCCAGUGUUGGAAUAUCAAAUUCGGCGCGAGUGUCAAGCGUCGCCAGAAGUGGUGUGGGGAGACAGAGAAAAGUUCCAGAUUGCCCGUUAAUUGAAAGUCGUAAUUGGUUGAUACAUCUACAUUACGCACGAAAGGAAUUCGGGAUAUGUAAAAUAUUAAUCCAAGAAGAACUUGAGAAGAGCAAAGGAUUCUCUGAAUUCGCAAACUAUAUGCAGGGUUUAAUACUGAGGCACGAAGGAAGAAUCCAAGAUUCCCUCGAGUAUUUUCAAACAUGUCAUGCCAUUAAUCCCAUGAACGUAGACAACAUCAAGCAGGUUGCAAGAUCUCUGUAUCUACUUGGAAGGCACAGAUUGGCCUUAGAGGCGUACCGAGAAGCAGAAAGUCUUGUUCUCAAGCCUGAAUGGGAUAUUUAUCAUAACUUAGGCAUGUGUCUCCUGCACCUAAAUGAAAGGGUUAAAGCAAAAGAAUGCAUUUCGAAGGCCAUUGAUUUGAGCCGCCAAGAAUGUUCCUAUGUAGCACUUGCAAAAAUAUACUUGCUUGAGAACGAUAUUGUUGCUGCAGUUAAUGUAUAUAAUGCAGCAUGCAGCAUAUACCCAGAAAAUUCUGACCUUGCUACAACUCUUGGUUUACUUUACAUGAAACUUAGAGAGUAUCAGAAAGCAUUUGAGAAGUUGGGUUCUGCUUUAGCACAUAACCCAUCUUCAGCAAAGGCAUUGUUGGCAAUGGGUUCUAUAAUGCAGGACCAUAAAGACUGUGAGGUAGCACUAUCAAAAUACAAAAUUGCUACUCAGUAUGCACCUGAAUCAGCACCAUUGUGGAGUAACAUUGGAAUGUGCUUUUUUGAAAUGAAAAAGUUCAUUGCAGCUAUCAGCUGCCUUAAGAGAGCAAAUCACCUGUCUCCUUUUGAUUGGAAAAUAUUAUACAACCUUGGACUGGUUCAUUUAGUGACACAGCAGUAUGCAUCAGCUUUUCAUUACUUGUCUGCAUCGAUAAAUCUCCACCAUAGAUAUGGAAAAGCAUUUAUGCUGCUUGCCCUUACCUUGAAGAAACUGGAAGAUCCAGACAAUGCUCAAAAGGCUUUUGAGCAGGCUGCACACCUGGACCCAACAGAUGCUUCCAUAGCUUUGAACUAUGCCAUAUUUUUGGCUGCUAAUGGAAGAAAGGAAGAAGCUGCAGCUCAACUGAAAAGCUUCCAAGAUUUAGCAGAGCAAGGAACAGUUAACCAGGAGAUGCUUGAGGUUGCAAGCAAAAUGUUGGAAACACUUUCUGUGGAAAGUGCUGCUUCAUUAUCAGACAAUAAGCCUGCUGAUGUUCAUACACCCACACCUGAUUACCCCCAUAUGGAUCCUGAUGAAGUCUGAACAAUUGUAACAAAUUAAAAUUUAAUUAGUUGGUGUAAUAACAAUUAGGUUGCUUUUAUAUUUUGUACAUUCUGUGAGAUGAAAUUAAACUGUAAGUUUUUAUGAGAACUGUUUUUUUCUGUCAGCUGUUUCACAGCUAUGUACAUUAUCAUCUAAAUUCUGUGAGCAAGAUAGGAGAUAUAAGUGUUAAGUAUUAUUGUACAAAGUACUACAAGAAACAUUAAUAUAAUUUAGGUCAGCUACUAAAAAAUCAGUUAUGAGGGGAGAUGAAGUUUAUUGCAGCCUUUAGUGAAGUGCACAAUUUCAUGUUAGCUCGUAUAAAGCAAGGUGCAGUCUUUGCACAACCUUGAAAUCUUAUCAAGAUCUGAAUGAAUACUUGCACAGCUUCUUCCAGACAGUACUUCACUGUAGAUAAAUGAUCAUCUGCAAAACACCCGAAGUUACAUCUGUAUCUAUUAAAUGAACAUGUAGAUAACAUGCUAGACACUCCCUGCCAAGAAAUCCUCAAUCAAUGAUCAAGUCAUGAAAUUUGUUUGAUUCCCCAUUCGCUCAUACUUUACUUAACAAAUGUUGUAAUGAGACAGGUGCUUUUUGAAAAUUAGGAAAUACUACACUCAAUUAAUUUCCUGGAUGCAUGGAUUUCAGGUUGUCACAUGAGAAAAGUAUUGACACUACUGAAAUUGGAUGGUAAUUUUGUGGAUCAUUUCUCCUAUCCUUGAUCCAGAAAAGCUGACCUGUGCUUUCUCCCAGCUACUCAUUAGAGUUGUUUGUAUGAGUGAUCUAUGGUGUAUCAUGGUCAAAAGAGGGUCUAAUUAAACCUCAAAUUCUGUAUAGAAUCUAAUAGAAAUCAACUACAAUUCUGUUUAUGCAUCACAUAAUAGCACAUUGGUAAUGUCAUGGUUACUUGCAGAGUAAUGUGCAAUACAGGACCUAGCCCAUUUAACUUCUUCACUCUUUGGUGGUCUUCUCACCUUCACAUACCCCACUGAUAAGCUGUGCACUUCUUAACAUCAAGUGGAGGACUGUGCCAAGUCUUACGGGGAUUACCAUCCCUUGUAUUAUCCUCUUAUGAUUGGGACAAAUCAGCAAGAAACCCCAUUAAGUGGUUCAUCUGCUGAGGUGCCACCCCAAUUAUCUCAAAUCGUGGUUGGCCAACUGACCCAGUUUUGGCAGCUGGUGAAAUCACUUGCACAGAUGAAUCACUUGCACAGAUGCGAUGAGUGUCUCUUCUCCUUCUCACCAAGAGUGGACUGGAGAUCAUGUGCCACCAUACCCAUCCUGUGGUGGCCAAUCUGGCAUCCAGACAGAGAGACAUGGUGCGUGCAUUACCUGAGGUGUAGCUGCUCCUAUGCAAAGCUUCAUAGAUCAGCACUUCCUGCUCUUGUUUCCUAAUAGGAGACUUGAAGGGAUGAAGAGACAAAGGAGGAAGCCAGUAGACACAGCAAGACUUUGACGUCACAGUGGAGCAUCAUCUCUGAACAUCUGAAGGAAUUUAUAACCAUUUGGGGUAGAGGACAGUGACUCUCCAUCAGAGGACAGCAUAACACAACCUAUACAACCUGCCGACACUGCCAUUUUUGAAGCAUCUAGCAGGGCUUCCUGCUUGUGCUCCGUGUUUCUCAGCUUUGGACAACGUUAUCAGUCUAUGCUGGGGACCCACAUUCACCCUCCUAGGCCUAGUCCACAUGUGCUAAAGGCAGUAGGCUCGUUGGCUCAAGGAAGGAGGUGAAGACCUGGUCACCUCAGUGUUCUUGAAGCUGCCGUGUGAGGUGGUAUUGAUCGUAGUUUACCAGAGUCGUGGUUGCCUUCAGGAGGAAUCAUGGGAGCUGUGUAUAUGGACUACUGGAUAACGCUCGAUACUCCGGGGCUUGUGGACUUAUUAGUGGACUUCUUCACCAAUAAUCUCUAUUACUGGCUCCGUCAAGCCCUUAGGAGAUCAGAAUUUGUUUGCUGGGUACAAGUUUGGUGCGCCCAGUGUACCUGAACUGGGGAGUAGUAAGUGCCGCCAGUCCUCAGUCAUUGAAAGCUCUGUUGGCAAGGCAGAGGAAUAUUGUGUACAGACGGGAACAGUGAUCUUGGGUUGACUGCCCCAAUCGUGAGAAUGGGACAAAGCUCUCUGUCUCGGAAUGUGUUGUACACUGAUGAGAUGCAUCACUGUUGAGGUGGAACAUUCAUUUAGUGAGAUACAUUUGGGGAAAGUGCAACACCUCAGUGGUGCAAGGCUUACUGAGGCAAGUGGGAGUAGACCCUUAUUUCCCUAGCUGGUCAUGAGACCAAGAUGGAACCCUUGAGAUCUUCUUCUCCUCCUCCUCCCCCAGCAUGAUGGCAGUACUAGUUGGGAGUUCUCACUCCUAUUCAUCCAAACGAAUGAGGGAGGCUAGUCCUCCUGAUAGUCAGCUUGUGUUUAGCAAUGGGGCUGAAGCAAUCAUCAGAAUGAUUCUGAAGUGAUCAAGAGGAAGAAGGGGAUGUUUGAAAUCAUCAUCAUCAUCAUCAUCAUCAUUUAAGACUGAUUAUGCCUUUCAGUGUUCAGUCUGUGGCAUAGGCCCCCUUAUAAAAUUCCUCCAUGAUCCCCUAUUCCGUGCUAACAUUGGUGCCUCUUCUGAUGUUAAGCCUAUUACUUCAAAAUCAUUCUUAACCGAAUCCAGGUACCAUCUCCUUGGUCUGCCCCGACUCCUCCUACCCUCUACUGCUGAACCCAUGAGUCUCUCGGGUAAUCUUGCUUCUCACAUGCGUGUAACAUGACCCCACCAUCUAAGCCUAUUCACCCUGACUGCUACAUCUAUAGAGUUCAUUCCCAGUUUUUCUUUGAUUUCCUCAUUGUGGACACCCUCCUGCCAUUGUUCCCAUCUACUAGUACCUGCAAUCAUCCUAGCUACUUUCAUAUCCGUAAUCUCAACCUUAUUGAUAAGGUACCCUGAAUCCACCCAGCUUUCGCUCCCAUACAACAAAGUUGGUCGAAAGAUUGAACAGUGCACAGAUAACUUAGUCUUGGUACUGACUUCCUUCUUGCAGAAGAGAGUAGAUCGUAGCUGAGCACUCACUGCAUUAGCUUUGCUACACCUCACUUCCAGUUCUUUCACUCUGUUUCCAUCCUGUUCCUCCUACUUGGCUCUCAGUCCCUUUAUAUCUCUUUCCCACUGACAUUACUUUCGUUUUGGAGGUGCUAAUCUUCAUACCAUAGUCCUUACAUUUCUGCUCUAGCUCUGAAAUAUUACUUUGCAAACUUUCAAUCGAAUCUGCCAUCACAACUAAGUCAUCUGCAUAUGCAAGACUGCUUAUUUUGUGUUCACCUAUCUUAACCUUACUCAGCCAGUCUAUUGUUUUCAACAUAUGAUCCAUAUAUAAUAUGAACAACAGUGGAGACAGGUUGCAGCCUUGUCUUACCCCUGAAACUACUCUGAACCAUGAACUCAAUUUACUGUAAACUCUAAUUGCUGCCUGACUAUCCAUGUAAAUACCUUUAAUUGCUUGCAAAAGUUUGCCUCCUAUUCCAUAAUCUUGUAGAACAGACAAUAACUUCCUCCUAGGAACCCGGUCAUAUGCCUUUUCUAGAUCGAUAAAGCAUAGAUACAAUUCCGUGUUCCAUUCAUAACACUUCUCCAUGACUCGCCGUAAGCUAAAGAUCUGGUCCUGACAACCUCUAAGAGGCCUAAACCCACACUGAUUUUCAUCCAAUUGGCCCUCAACUAAUACUCGCACUUUCCUUUCAACAGUACCUGAGAAGAUUUUACCCACAACGCUGAUUAAAGAGAUACCUCUGUAGCUGUUACAAUCUUUUCUGUUUCCAUGUUUAAAAACUGAUGUGAUUACUGCUUUUGUCCAGUCUGACGGAACCUGUCCCGACUCCCAAGCCAUAUAAAUUAUCCUGUGUAGCCAUUUAAGACCUGACAUUCCACUGCAUUUGAUGAGUUCCGACUUAAUUUCAUCCAUCCCAGCUGCUUUAUUGCACUGCAAUCGACUGACCAUUUUCACCACUUCCUCAAAUGUGAUCCUAUUUCCAUCCUAAUUAUUACCCCAUUGUACAUCAAAAUAUGAAACAUUACUGAUCGUAUUUUAACCUACAUUGAGCAACUCUUCAAAAUAUUCCCUCCAUCUGCCCAAGGCAUCCACAGGAUUCACAAGCAGUUUUCCUGACCUGUCCAAAAGACCUGACAUUUCCCUCUUACCUCCCUUUUGAAGACUGCUAAUUACACUCCAAAAUGGUUUUCCAGCAGCUUGACCCAAAGUCUCCAACCUGUUUCCAAAGUCUUCCCAAGAUUUCUUCUUGGAUGCUGUAAUUAUCUCUUUGGCUUUGUUUCUUUCUUCAACAUAACUUUCUCUGUCUACCUGAGUUCUAGUUUGAAAAACCCUUCUAUAUUCAUAAAGGCUUAGAAGGGUGUAUUGAUACCUUAAAGUCUAUCAGUUGAUUGUGAAAUAGUUAUUUACUGGUGUAAACUAACAGUGCAAGGCAGGUGAAACUGCUUAGGAAGUCAUAAAAAUUUGCUGAUUGUGACAUAAUUGUUGAGUUGCAUAACUCAGUUAACUCCAGCAAGGGUGUAGUCACACACCAUGGCAUUAGGGAAAUGGAUGUAACAGAGCUGAAACAAGAGUGGGUACUAAAGAGAAUAAUGGAUGUGGAGCAAAGUACACAUAGGAAAAAUGGAGAAACAGACUUGUGAAGUGACCUAUGGCAGUGUGGAAAGGAAGGCCAUGAAUCUUGGACUCACUAUCCGUUUCCAGCUGUCUGUUUUAACUGCUCUGAGAGCAGCCCAUUCUGGAGCCAAAACUGCCCUGUUUUUGCUGAGGAACACAAAAUUCAAGAAAUAAAAGUGAUCAUGUAGAUCCCCUUUGUAGAAGACAAGAAGGGAUAUAAAGUGACAAAACCCCCUGCCUUUGCCACUUCUUAUGCUUGCAUGGUGCAGAAACCUGUUCCCAAGGUUGACACUUGUCAAGCAUACCUCUGUCCACCACCAGCACCCACACUUGCACCUGUAUGUGCCAUAGCAAGGGUAGUAAAGACAUAGUGGUUCAGGCAGCUACAACAGAAGAGACCAGUGAUAUUCUUGCAGUGAGCAUCAGGAAGGGAUCCCAAAGGAAAAUACCUCAGAAUUCCCACUUUCCUCAAAGCAGAGUGCCUCUCAAUACCCUCUUUCCCCCUCGCCCUUGAGGGAAAAGAUCUCAGCAUUCAGGUUGAAAGCUGUCCCGGGUAUCAUCAGACAUCAUUCUCAUGUGUCUGACUCAUGAUGAGGACAUUGUGUAUUUUGAUGCCUCAUCUUCAGACCCCUCCAUCCCCCCUCACUCUACAAUUGCCUCAUCACUCCAGCACAAGGAUAGGGGUAAAUGAAAUAACACUGCUGAAAUGGCUCCCAUACGUCAGUGCAAUAUGAAUGGAUACAGGACUUAUGUGGGGGAAUUGAGGCUCCAUGUAUAGGACAGACCCUUUUGCCUCUGUCAUCAAGACGCUCACUUUAAGCAGAUUGACAUACCUGUACUUGGAUGCUACAAUGUACCUGUACUUGUAUGCCAUCACCCAUGCAGGAAAGACGAGCGCUUACUGGUGACAGGGCAAAAGAUGGCUCAGUGCACUAUCCUGCAUUGAGGAUAGUACAUUGAGAAUGGCUAGUUGCUAGCCGAAAUCUAGAUCUGCCAAUAAAUAUUCCAAAGGACGACUGAAAGCUGAAAUCUAUUGUUUACAAAUCGAAGUUACGGUUGCUGCGUGCAACAGCCUCUGAAUGUAGGGUAACCUGAUGAAUGAUUUUUGUGUUCAUUGUAAUGUAUUUUGUUCCAUUUCUUUGCUGUCUUACCAAUUAACUGUUGAUUUGACAAGUUUAUACACACCUGUUCGUAAGAAUUCCAUGCUCACACAAAGAUUCGCUUUAAAUUUGAUUGGCAUUCUCACAGUACUCAUACCAUAUUUUCACAGAAACUAUUUAGUAAUUUGAAAUAUUAUGCUGUAAUGUGGCAAAUGUCAUUUAGUUUCAAGGCAACUGCUCAAGUAUUUAAAAACACGGCUGAAUUUAAACAUAGUGUUGUAUGGUUGAUAUUUUAUGUUUUUUAAAUGUUACUCAACUUGUGUUCUAUGUGUCAUUGUUUUUAAAAGUACUGUAUUUUUAUAAAUAGCUCUUGUGAAUUUGUGUCAUCAUGACAUCCAUAAGAUGUUUCAGUAUUUGGAAGACAUAACUAAUAUCAGCAUAUUUUAUAAAUGACAUGUGUUGUUCAUAUAAUUUGAAUUAAUAUAGAUAUUUUUUAGUUA